GCUCAGAUGGCAACAGUAAGUUUCAAAACUGAGUCCCCCUACGUUAAAAGGGAGGAGAGAGAGCACGACCCAUCUGAUCUGAAGUACCAGAAGUUUCUGGAUACAGUCUCUGGGAGUGUUUCUAGCAGGAGACCUGUUACCAUGGCCCUCUUUGGGGUGGGAAGAGCUGGGGGUAUUCACUUGGGGAACUUAAAGGCACAUUCAAGUAUCAACCUGAGAUAUGUUGUUGAAAGUGAUCAAAACAAAUGGGACCAGAUACAGUCAGUAUGUGGUAGCAGCACUGAAAUAGUUCACCCGGAUCAAGCAGCUGAGAUGUUAUCAGACCCCGAGCUGAACGCGUGUGUUAUAUGUACCCCUACCUUUACUCACAAGGAUAUCAUUCUGCUGUGUCUGGAGGCAGGAAAAGCAGUUUUCAGCGAGAAACCAAUAGGCGAAACUCCAGAGGACACUAAAACUUGUUACAUGACAGCUGAGAGGGUGGGUAAACCUCUGUUCUGCGGGUUUCAGAGGAGAUACGAUCCUACUUUCGCUGAUAUUCAGACUAGGGUCAGAAGAGGAGAAGCAGGGCACAUCCAGAUAAUAAAGAGUAUAUCACGUGACAGCCCGCUACCCUCUCUUGACUAUCUCAAGAUAUCAGGAGGAAUAUUUCACGAUUGUAUGGUUCAUGAUAUAGACAUGCAGUGUUGGGUACUUGGAGAGUUGCCAGUUCAGGUCCACACGAUCGCCAAUGCACAGAUUCCAGAAAUAGCUGAGAUUGGUGACUAUGAUAACGUUGUCACAACCCUUACAUACCCAUCUGGAACGCUAGGAAUAAUAAACGUCAACAGAUUCGCUGCGUACGGUUACGACCAGCGCCUAGAAGUGUUUGGUAUGAAGGCAAUGUAUGAAGCUAACAAUGGUAAACCUAACACGGCAGUUUACAGUACCAGUAGUGGAUCUAGUUCUGUUCCUAUAUACCACUCUUUUCCUUCUAGGUACGAAGAGAGUUACGCUGCUGAAAUGGACCAUUUUGUUGAUGUAGUGAACGGAACUAGAGAGUUACCCAUCACGUACUUACACUCCAGUGCUGUAUCUAAGAUAGCUGAUGCUGCUGAGAAGUCAGCUAGAGAGGGGGUCUCUGUAGGGCUAGUGUGGGACAAAGCGGAGAUACCGGCUGGUUACUUCUGUUGAUUAGCUAGAUAGUGGAAUCAGAAUAACACAUGGUUAUUAUCUUUAGAGUUAGAGUUAGAAUUUUACAGUCAGAUUUUAUCAAUUUAUAAGUAUUAUUAUUAUGCUAGGUUAUUGUACUAAAUAUUGUUAGCUGUUGUUAGCUGUUGUUAGAUAUUGUUAGAUAUUGCUAGACAUUGUUAGGUAUUGUUAAAUAUUGCUAGUUAUUCUUUGCACCAUUUAUAAUUUAUCUGCAGCUUCAUAUUGGUUUACAUCAGUUUAUAAUUCUUGAUAUUAAUCGUUAGUAAUUAUGAUUAAAUAUGUUUCUCUCAUAACAAAUUACUACUGCUAGUUCUCACACAUAAAUGAUUCAACCUGCCCACCAAUCACUCACUAUUAGUAUUGGGGGUAGUU